AUGACGGUUGGCAGUAUGGCCUUCACGACGGUCAACGAGGAUACGUUCUUUAUGCAAGGAGGAAUCUCCUACGGACCGGCAGGACCCACCACCAAUCAAUUCUACACCCUCGAUCUCACCCAACCCACCUGGACCACUGUGAACCCACCAUGGCGAGCUAGGGUGUACCCCGAAUCCCUUAAUCUGAUAGCGAGGAUCAAUAAACACUCCAUCUCUGUAUCACCAGACAAGCAGAACCUCACCUUCUGGGCCGACUACCCAGGCUUGGUGCUCAACUAUACCAUCGCUACCGACACCUGGACUCAAGUCCCCACGCCAAGUCAACUUACCUUUUCGAGCGACCUACAUUCUGAGACGGAUCCACGGACAGGAUUGGUCUACAACCCGUGCGGGUACAACAAUGUCAGUAUGGGGGUCUAUAACCCUGCGACCCAGUCCUUCACGCCUGCUACCAGUCCGAACGGCUUUGUCAACGAUCGGUUCUAUACGUUUGUUUGGAGCGAGUUGCGGAACACUUUUAUUUUCUUUGGGAACACGCCUAUAAGGGAGACGAAUCCCUUUGUCGAGUAUUCUACUGCUUCUAACAAGUGGACUGCACUGAUGCUUCUCUUUGGAGGAGAGCCUUCAAAUGAAUCGUCGAGUGGCGGCCUCUACAUCCUCGAUGUUCGGAAUAUGAUUUGGAGUCAGGCUGCAGGUCUCGAUCCAUCUCUGGGCAGAUCGGCGAUGGCCUGUGCGGUUUCGGGCGAUAACUUCAUUGUCUGGGGUGGUAUAAGAUUCAUCUCAGGAGGUACGCCCCAGGAUGCGCCAGGGGCAAUGCUUAUCUACAACAUUCACACUGGAGCCUGGACCGACACGUUCACGCGCGGCACUCACUUUGAUCCGAAUGCGCCAAACCCGCCAAACCCGCCAAACCCAGAACCACCAGGCAAGGGUGGGAAAGAGGGAGAUGUGAGAAGUGGUGAGACCAACAGCAACGCCGCCGCGAUUGGAGGAGGGGUUGCUGGUGUUCUUGUUGUCAUUGCCUUGGCCGCCUUUUUUGUUAUCCGAAGACGUCGACAAACUAAUGAAAAAUCCGAGAAUGGUCAGAGAUCUGGAGAUUACCACCAACAAGAUCAGAUUCUACCAUCCAUGGAGACCUCUCGCGACAACCCACCAUCCUCAUCAUCGCCGUUCGACAUAUACUCUCAUCGCAAGCCCGAAGAUCAGAAGUCGGUCAGCUACCCAAUUCCACCACAAAAAUACAUCGCCAUGCAGGAGUACAAGAAUAAACUCGAUGGAAGAUCGAAUCCAGGAGCAGCCAGCCCACAAUUGGUUCCCUUCAUCCCGCCACCUCCCCUCUUGUCGUCCCUCAGCCCACAGGAUCAUAUCCAGCAACUCCAGUACCAGAUCGCCGAUCGUCAGGAAAAACUUGCCACACAGUCUCCCAACCCACAGUACAACCCUUCAUUCAAUUCUGAGAUACCUUUUGGGGAGGGGUUCAGGAGUCCACGAGGGCCUCAGGGGGCAGGUGUACCUGUGAGAAAAAGUGAUGGUGCCAAGGGGAAUUUUGAGCUGCAGCAGCAGAUUAACUCUUUGCAGGCUGAAUUGAACCGCCUCCAGGCCAGACUUGACUCCUAA